AUGGCUUCGACUGCGAAGCGUCCGGAGUUAAAACUCCGCGGAAAUAUCGUCGAAAACUUUAAGAAUUUUGAAGUGCGAUUUGACGACUAUUGUAUUCAGACAAAUUAUAGAGACAUUACAAAAGAUCCUGUUACUGAAAAAGAUGCUUACUAUAAACAACCAAUUCUAGAAAUAUCGGCGCUACGGUCAGCUCUACCGGAUGAAGCUUUGCACGUGCUGAGAUACACUAUCGAGCCUCAAAUAUCUGAAGUAGACAAGAAGAAACCGUGGAUAUGGAUGGUAAGACUACGCCUCCUUUACACGGGGACAAUUGGAAGCUCAUUGAUGGUCAAUAGAUUUAAGUUUUGGAGUAGCAGCCAAGAUAUUUAUGAAACUGUACAAGACUGGGAAGUAAAGGUGGAGCAGACAGGAAAUUUGUGUUGUUAUGGAGACAUGACUGAUGAGAUGUGUCGUGAUAAAUUUGUAUUUGGCCUGCAUAGUGGUAGUAUACGUACUGAACUUUUGAAAACCCAUUUAAAACCAAACAAUACAUUAAAAACAAUGCAAGAUGUAGUGGCAGAGGCCAAAGCUAUAGAAUCAGCCCAGAAAACAAACAAAAUAAUUGGGGAGGCUAAAAAGGGUUUAGAAACAAAGGGUUUAGAAGAGCAAGUUAAUUGGACCAGUCACAGAGACAUGAAAUUAAAACGGGACCCUGAGACAUGCCAUUGGUGUGGGAACCAGAAAGGACCACACCCGUGGAAAUCCUGCCCAGCGAAUGGGAAAACCUGUGCAAAAUGUGGGGGGAAUGACCAUUUUUCUAAAGUAUGUUUAGAGGAACCACCACACAGACCUGGGGGAGGCCCGCAUAUCAAAAUAAAUCCAGGAGAUCAAACCAAAGAUUUGAUCGAACACAAAGUUCGAACAAUACUCGUAGAUAUGGUCGGACCCCUUCCAGAUACAGAGAAAAUAUACACCAUUUGGGCAUGA